AUGAUUAAUAUAGAAAAGUAAGUUGAAGAACUGUAUAAUAAUACUAAACUUCAAACAAGAGACUUUACAAAGCUAGAACUUCUAGACAAGCAGAUAACGAGCUUUAUAAAGAAAUAAGAUUCUCUAGAUACUUGCUAGUUAAACCAAAUUUCAAAAAUAUCUGCUAAACUAUUAGAAAUAUACUUUACUCUUGAGGAAGAAUAUGAGCUUAAAAUAUAUUAAGCAGCAAAUGAAAAUUUAGAAAUGUAAGAUGAAGCAAAUGAUAUUACUUUGAUGUCCAUAUUUAUAACAGGUAAAAUAUCUUUAGAAACAAUAAACUUUUGCUUUUAAAUGUCUUUAAAGUGCCCAGAUACAGACUUAAAAUUCACUAUUGCAUAGUUGCUCGAUUUAUUGGUAAUCAACAUUACUUAUUGUAGAAAGCUAAUUGAUUUGUCCUAGGCAUAAAAAUAUGAAAAUUUAAUGAAUGAAUUGUCUACAAAUAACUAGGUUAUUUUUAAUUAACUUUUUGAAGAGCUGUAACUGAGUGAGUACUUACAAAAUUUAUAUUUAUGCAAUUAAGUUAAUUUAUUAGAAAUGAAAUCACUUAGCUAAAAAACUAAAUUCUCUGAUUUAAUUAGUCUUUCAGAUAAAAUAUUAAACUUAUUUAAUAUUUAUCCGAUGUUAAAUGUUUCUAAAUAAAAUAUUAUAGAAAAUAUUUUAAUUAUUUUAUUUAAACAAGUUUAAGAUUGCGAAACAAAAAAAGUUGAAGAAAUUAUACAAAUGUUAAAUCCUAUUUCUCAUAUAUUUUAAGAUAUAGAUAUAUCUUAUUAUAUUCAUUUCUAAAAAUUAAGGCUUAUAAAUGCCUUAGAGCAUAAGGAUAAGGAGUCAUAUGAAUAACUGGAAAAAGAGUUUAAUUAAACAUUUUAAAUAGAUCCUUAUGAUUUUUUUUUGUUAAUUAUUAAUGCUAAAAAAUUGAAAAUUUACUAAGAAGAGAAAUCUGUGUAAUAGAUUAUUUAGUAUAUCGAAGAUUUCUCAAUUAACAACAGAUCAAUUACAAGCUAUGAAUUUUCAUAAUUAAUAUAAGAAAUAUGUAGCUUAGGCAAUAAUUAUUUUAACUUUGCUCUUAAAUUAUUUUAAAAAUACAUCUCAUAAAAUAUAGGAUUUUUUACACAAUAAAAAAAAAUAUAGCAACCUUUUUAUGACUCAGUUGGAAUGAUUUGCACUUUAAUAGAUGAAUUUUUAAACUAUAAGGAUCAUAAAAAAUAAAUAAAUGAAGUUAUAGAAGGGUUGACAAGCUCUAUUACUUAAAUCAUAGGAAUUAGCUCUUAAAUUAUAAAUAUAAAAGUAAAUGAUAUUAAUAAUUUAUAGAUUUUAAGUUAGAAGCUUGCAAAGUUAACAUUAGAAAUUGCUUUAAAUUUAAAUAGUCUUAAAGAAUAGUCAAUAUAAAAUGCUUUAAAAAUUAUUGAAGCUUUCUUGACUUUCUCAAAGAAUAUAGAAUAGGAUUAUGAUUAAAGCAAAUUUUUAGCUAGCGAAAUCAGCUGUAUUGGUUUAAUUUUUGCAACAAAACUUAAAAAUCAAAAAUAUAUUACUGAUUUUUCAUAAUAUACCAAAGAAUUUGAUUUACUUCCAUAAUUAUUGUAGUCCCAAAACUAAAAUUUUUAAAUUUGUUAAAGCGAGUUCGAAAAGUUGUUAAAAUAGCUUUUAGCAACAAGUAGUAACUCUUAUAAUCAAAAUACUAUUAACUUAUUUUUGUAUAAGAACACAAUAAUUCAAAUUGGAAAUCAUAAAAACCUUAUUUAGGUGUAUGACAAUUUUAUAGGAUAAAAUUUUGAUUAAUAUGUUAAUUUUUUUACUUAAAAUUCGACUCAAAGUUAGUUUGAGAAAGGUUUAGGUAUUAGUUUAUGCACACCAUUUGUAAAAAAAUUAGGAUAACUAAAAUAAGGCAUUUCAAAGAAUAUUGAGGAAUCUUUAUAGAUUUUAAAAAUGCUUUCUCAUCUUAUAGAUAGAUUUUAUUAGUAUUACCUAACUUAAGAUAGAGAUAUUCCUUUAAACAUUCUUAUUCUUGAAAAUGAAAGAAAUGAAUUAAUAUAAACAAUGGAAAUAUACUUUUAUGAAAGAUCAAUUACUUCUGACCUUAGUGUUAGUUGUAAAUUUCUACAUUUCAUGAUACUUUACUUUUGUUUGGAAAUAGUAUUUGAUAAUUAAGAUUAAGUUAGCUUCUUCGAAUAAAAGUAUUUUGAUUAGUGUUUGAUGAAAUUGCUGUGUUAUUAAUAGGAUAAACCUUAAACUUAAUCAUAAACUAAAUUAUUUAAAAAUCCAUAAUUUUUUAAAAGCCUAACUUUAUUAUUCUCAUACCAAGUAGCAUUUUAUGAGUUCUAGUUAAAAUAAAUUAACAUGACAGAAGUUUAGCUAAAUAAUUUAUGUAACUUAAUAGAAAAAUAUGAACUAAGCUGUCUAAAUCUUAUUUGCUAUGAAAAAUAAGUGGCUAAUAAGUCAAUAGAUGACAAAAUAAAAAAUCAGUUUUUCUUAUUUUAAUAUAUUUUUUCUAUAUUAAAAAAUGAUGUAUAAAAAUGUCUCUACAUAAUUGAGGAUUUCUAUUAAUAUUAUCCAGAUUCUUUAGUUCUUUUAUCUCAAAUAAGUAAGAUCAAAUAAAAUUAAAAUUUAAGCUAUACAAUAAAUAAAAAGUACAUUUACUACCUCAGUUUACAAAAUUAUUAAUCAAAAUAUUUUUCACUUGAAUUAAUAUUAGACUUUGUCGAUCAAUUAGAUAACAGAGAAUCAUCUGAUUCAUUUUAUAUAGCAAUUAAAUAAAUUUUACAAAAUAUCAUAGAUCAAUCUUUACUCCAACCUUCAUAACUUUAAACUGCUAAUUUUAUUUUAAAGGAAUUAAUUUCUAAAUUAAAAUUACUCAAUCUAAACCAUCCAGAAAUAUCUCAAUUAUCACAAAUAUAAAAAAGAAUAAAAUGGAAAUGA